UGGCUGUUCGGGGGCGUGAGCCCCGCAGCGCUGGGCGAGCUGGUGGGUGCGCUGAAGGGCUACGCAGCCCCCCCAGAGCAGGAGCCAGAGGCGCUGGAUCUCCCCAGUAAGGCCGGCGCGUACGCCGCCACGGCCGAGCGAGCGGCAGGGGUUGGCUCCGUGUUCCUGCACCUCCUCACCAAGCUGGAAGCUGCCAAGACCCAGGAGGAUCUGGGUGUCCCUGUGGUGGAUCCAAUCCUACGCCGUGUGGCGGGACCCAUCUACGUCUUUGCUGCGACUCACACUGUGGAGAGGCCCUGGACAAACGCGAGGUCUCAGUCAGUGGCACAGGAGCUGCUGGUGGUGCUGGUUCGGGCCGCAGGCUGUGGGUCGGUGGCUGAAUUCCUUCGAGGGAGGAACGAAGAUGAGGAAGGAGGAUUUGCAGCCGUGAUGGGGCUCCUGAAACAGGAGUUGACCAAGGACACUUGGAAGCGUAACCCUGCCACAAAGUUCGUGUUCUCCUGGACGCUGCCUCACGUCACCCGGCCCUGGCUUAGCCGUUACCUGGAGCGUGUCCUCCCGCCGUCGCUGCUCAUCUCGGACGACUACCAGGAGGAGAACAAAAUCCUGGGGGUGCGCUGCCUGCAUCAUAUCGUUCUCAACGUGCCAGCUGCUGAUCUGUGCCAGUUCAACAGGGCUCAGGUUGUCUACCAUGCCCUUUACAACCAUCUCUAUUCACGAGAGGCCCCUCUCAUCCAGGCAGUACUGCUGUGCCUGCUGGACUUGCUGCCGAUCCUGGAGAGAGCCCAGCGGCAGCAGAAACAGGCCAGACCAACCGGCCCCUGCGACGAGGUGCUGCAGCUGGUUCUGACCCACAUGGAGGCCGAGCAUCGCCUCGCGCUGCGGCGGGUGUACGCCAGGGCCCUGCCUGCCUUUGUGCAGAGACUUGGCAUCCUGAUAGUGCGGCACCUGAAGAGACUGGAGCGAGUGAUCCUGGGGUACCUGGAAGUCUGUGAUGGCCCUGCGGAAGAAGCCCGACUGGGAAUACUGGAGACGCUACAACGCACCAUAGAGCACGCUUGGCCCAGGAUGCCCUGCCGGCUCCCCGUGCUCCUCCCGGCCCUGCUGAGGUUGAUCUGGGACGUCCACACCGACCGGGGUUCAACACCAGAGCCCGUAACCGCCGCCUUGCUGCGAGGGGCCACUGAAUGCCUCAUCCUGCUGGAUCGCUGCUCCGAAGGGCAAGUGAAGGUCUUGCUGGAAGGCGUGUACAGCAGCUGUGAGGAGCACCGCGUACGGGAAUGCAUCAGAGAAGUGCAAGAGAACACGUGAGGCGCGGCCGAUCAAAGCUCACCCUGCUUUUUGUAUAGUAAAAAGGUUUUUUAUUUAUUUAA